AUGUUUCUUCGAAGUGAUGUUUCACCGAAAUCUUCUUAUCAUUAUCAUGCCUCCCAGAAGAAGUACUACCCGAAGUCAAAAGAAAAACAAACCAUUACUGUUGACGAAGAUGAUGUUGUCGGAACUUCAAGUCGAAAGAAAAAGGAUCCUGUUGUUGAAGAUUAUGAACAUACACAUGAUGAUGAUCAACAAACAAUGGUCCCAGCUUCAAAGACCAAUAAACAUCAAACUGCCACACCAGUUCCGAAGACCGCUGUAAAACAUGAAAGUCAGUUCAAUGAAAGUGCCAUAAAUAUUGGAUGUGAACCUCUUGCACCAAUUACAAAUAUCAACGAUAAAAUUCAUAAAGGCACACUGGAUGAAAAGAUUGAAUCUUAUGUGAAGGUUAAUAAGAUUCGUAAUGAUGGUUCAAAUGAGACAUCUAAAUCUUAUUUUCGUUUAAGUUUGAAUACUACACCUUGUUCUAAUCACCCUAAUAACACAUAUUCCUUUUCUCGUACAUUUGCCAACACAUUUAACAUUAUUUCACCCAACUUUAAUUCAUCAACGUUGGCAUCUGGUGUAUCACAAAUGCCAAAGCAAAAAGACAUGGUGAAAGCAAAUCGAGAUUUUCUCAAAGAAUUGAAAUGUUUGUUUCUUAGGGUUCAAGAAAAGCGUUUUCAAGGAUUUGCAAAUAGAAAUUUUAGUGAUUUUCAAAAUAAAUUCCUGGAUAGUGUUGAGGAAGCGAUUGAGAUAUUCAAAGAAAAAAGGCUUCGAGUAAAUAAAGAUACUACAGCUUGCUCUUUAGAUGAAAAUGAGAUAAUUUCGUUUGUCAAUGAAAAUUUAACAUUAAACAUCUUGCAAAGUUGGUUAAGCAUGACGAACAUGACUAAAUUAAGAGAUCAAAACUCCUUACAUGUUUUACAAAGAUUCGUCCAAGGAUCAUUAAUUGUAAACUAUGAUUAA